GUCAGAUAUGGUCAAACAUUUUGUAAAAAGUUGUACACUGUGUGGGCAAUUUAACUCAAAGAAGACUUUGAAACCUUUGCAGGGCAGAUUUCCUUUGAUCACAGUUCCUGGGAAGGAAGUGAUUCUUGAUUAUACAGACAUGGUGACCCCUGCUGGAGGCUUUAAGUAUUUGUUGGUGUGUGUGGACGCUUUUACAGGAUGGCCAGAGACCUGGCCUGCUAGACGAGAGGACAGCAAAACGGUGAUAAAAUGCCUCAUUAACCAUUACAUUCCCAGGCACGGGUUCCUUGAAAAGAUAAGGACUGACAAUGGAACCCACUUCAAGAACCAGGACCUGCAACGAGUGGAGUCCAGUUUAGGGCUCACACACAGGUUUGGAACAGUGUAUCACCCGCAAUCGCAGGGCAAAGUGGAGAGGAUGAACCUGAACUUGAAAAAUAAGUUGGCUAAAAUCUGUGCGCAAACGAAACUAUCAUGGGUUGAUGCCUUGCCUCUCGCUCUGAUGUCAAUCAGGUCUUCGGUUAAUUCAACCACAGGAUUUACUCCUUACGAGCUGGAGACGGGAAGAAGCUUUCCUGGGCCCCAACGUCGACCACCGGGAACUGCAGGUGACCUGCAGAGUCUGACAAGUAAGGAGUACUUUUCACAGUUGCAGGCAGUGCUGGAGGCGUACACCAAGAUCUGUGGACAUCCCAAGGAAGGAGAAAGAGGAACACCACCUCCGGACGUCGACUGGGUUUGGCUCAAGGUCAUCAAAAGAAAGUGGUCAGAGCACAUGCGGUGA